UAAUGAUGUAAAUUGUACUUUUAGUAUAAUGUAUAAUGUUCAUGUGUCUGAAAGGGCGUUAUAUGUUCGAUACCUCGAAAACUCGUUUCCAUUAAGUUGCAAUUUAUUCUGCCACCGAUGACGUCGUCUUCUUUAAACUUUUUUUUUUGAUUUUAGCGUUUGAGUAUUACCGAGUUGGGGGUUAUUUAAUAUAUUACUUUCUGUUAUUUUCUAUUUUCCCCCCUGUAAUAUGGUAAUUAAGCACCAUUAGAAAAUUACGUCAUUUGUUGCCGUAUUUUAUUGUAGAGUACCAAUUAAAUGUAGGGGGAGGCAGCUAUUUACACAAAUCAGCUGUUUUUAACCCAAGAAGUGGGGGAAAAAGAGAGAAACUACCUUAAAAAAGAGAGCGUAUGCACUUUGCGGGUAUCAAAUCGUAAGCUUUCCAUGCAGAGCUUAGCGAGAGGACCUGCUCACAGCUUUAGAACCAAAAAGCUUGUCAAUACAAUUCCGAAAAACAAGAGGCGCAACAGAGUUCGCCGUGUCGGGCUCUCUGCUGUGCUUUGAUUCCGAAAAAAAUGCGUGCUAGCUGCAUGAAAAAGAAAACUUGGUCAUUUUAUCGCUCAGUUAGGGUCGGGUUUGCAAAACAACAGCACAGUGAAAACGGAUACAAAUUUGAGCGAAAUAUUGACAUUCAAAUACCAGCGCAAGAGUCAAAACAAUAAGCGGAGUAUAGACAAUAGCUCUCUCUAUAUGGAAUAUACUAAAAGAGAGUUAAUUCAAAGGAAAUCAACAAAAUACAACACGGUAGCCAUCGAAUAAUUCAUAUGUAACACACAUACAAAUAUCCAUGUAUAUAUAAGCUUAAAUGCUUUAUCGAAGCCUUUAAAAGUGUAAAGAAAUUAGAAGAGAACGAAUCAACGUGUGAAAUUCAAGAUUACCUGUGUUUCGGAUUUAUAAAGUGCUCCCUUUUAAGUUGAUUUUGUUGUUACGUACGGAUGCAUUAUCAUAACAUGGGCUGCGUCUUUGAAUCAGCGAGAGAGCAGCCCAAGCAGAGUACAAGAAAACAAACACAAAAUCAAUGCUCUCGCAUAACAUCAACAUUAGUAAGGAACAUAGAAAUCAAGGAUAACUAUAAACAAAGUCAUAAAACUCAAACAGCAGCAGCAACAGCAACCGCCAAACAUCUAAAAGCACCAGCUCAAGUGCUUUUAGCGGAGCAACAACAACAACAGUUUUGUCAAGUGGCGCAUGAUAACAAGGUCGCGUUGGCGACACGCGAAACAAUUCUAACAAUCAAUAUUCAGGCAUCGAGGCAGCCAAGCACUUUGCAAAUAAAUUGCUCCAACUGCUACAGCCGCAGCACAAAGAUUACAAAAAAUGAGCAGCGACGCUACCGACGUAUUCAUUGGUGCCAGCAUCAUGCGGCCAGAGGAUGUGGCAGCUGCACUGGCAGGAGUAACGACAUUGGUGCAGGAGCGACUUUGGCUGGCAUUUCCAGCCAAGCGCAAACUGACCUAGCGAACCUCCUGGACGAGAAAGGCAAGGAUCGGCAGGAACAGCAUGAGAGGGAUGGGCGUAGAGAUGUAGAACAGCCAUUAGCUUAUCUUACGUGGCGUCUAGGCAAUGUCGCCAGCGCUGUCGUACCCAUCACCAUGUCAGCCGCAAUUCUAUCUACUCUGAGCACCACCUUAGCAGCCGGAUAUCAGUAUCUGGCGCAGCAUUAUAAGCAAUAUAGCCAAUCGUUCAGUUUCCAUGCGGCAUCCAGUGUUGUAUUGAUGCUCUGCUAUCUGACGACCACAUCCAUGGCCGCUGCAACACAGUCAGAGACGGUUGCCAUGGACAAGCAUCCUAUCAUCGAUUGGUCAAAAUUCGACGAGUCCAGUUCGGAUAAGGAAAUUUUAGAUUUAUUACUUGAGAAGAAACGCUACGAUAAACGAUUACUGCCGCCGGUAAAUGAUGAAGACUUUUGUUGUGGCUUACAAUCGCCCGACAUGGCCACAAAUCAAAAUGCGCGGAGACCACAUAAUCGCGGCACCCUGACGGUUAAUGUUAAUGUAUUGCUUUUAAGCUUAGCAUCGCCCGACGAGAGCAGUUUGAAAUAUGAAGUGGAAUUUCUGUUGAAUCAGCAGUGGAACGAUCCACGCUUGCAAUAUGGCAAUAAGUCCCACUACGAUUUCUUAAAUGCUUUGCAUCAUCAUGAUAGUAUCUGGACGCCCGACACAUAUUUCAUUAUGCAUGGCGAUUUCAAGGAUCCCAUCAUACCAAUGCAUUUCGCUUUAAGAAUAUUUCGAAACGGGACCAUUACGUACGCAAUGAGACGGCAUUUGAUAUUGUCCUGUCAGGGAAGUCUACAUAUAUUCCCAUUCGAUGAUCCAAAAUGCUCCUUCUCAAUGGAAAGCAUUUCCUACGAGGAAGCACAAAUCAAAUAUGUCUGGAAGAAUGAUGAAGACACAUUACGCAAAAGCCCUUCGUUGACCACACUGAAUGCAUAUUUGAUUAAAAAUCAAACAACGGCCUGUGAUCAAAAUAGUUGGAGAGGUAAUUACAGUUGCCUACAAGUCGAAAUGACAUUUACCCGUGAUCGUGCGUAUUAUUUUACAACCGUUUUUAUACCUGGCAUUAUAUUGGUCACCUCGUCGUUUAUCACAUUUUGGCUAGAAUGGAAUGCAGUACCAGCCCGGGUUAUGAUCGGCGUGACAACAAUGUUGAAUUUCUUCACUACCUCGAAUGGUUUCCGCAGCACCCUGCCCGUUGUCUCCAAUCUGACGGCAAUGAAUGUGUGGGACGGCGUCUGCAUGUGCUUCAUUUACGCCUCUUUACUGGAGUUUGUUUGUGUCAAUUAUGUGGGACGUAAGCGUCCGCUUCACAAUGUCGUCUAUCGUCCGGGUGAAAAUCCCGUAACACAGCGUCUUCCAGCGGUACUAAGCAGGAUCGGAGUAAUUCUUGCAAGUCCUUUGGCGAGCACCAUCACCACACCGGACAUGGCCGGUACGCCGCUCCCAAAGAACUUAGCCGCGCCCGAAUCCUCACCGGGCACACAAAAGCCUGCGGAGAACGAAUUUGUUGGCGGCAUGCGGUGGCAAGAGGCACAUGGUGGCAUCAUUGGUGCAGCAGUCCAAAAUUUGCGAGCACGUUCCAUUAAACGUAAAAGCGGCCACGACGCCACAAGAAGCGCGUCAUCAAAGUCCACAUCGCCAGGUCUAAAGUCCACCUCAUUGGCUACCGAGCAUAUUUAUGAAGAGCCUGAGCCGGGUAGAAAUGUGGCUUCGACAAGUGUUAGAUUUGAAGAUGUACAGCAAAAGGAAAGCUCUCCCACGCUGCGCCGCUCUGUUGGCACUAGCACGCCAGCGCUGGUGGUGCGCAUCGAACAAGAAAAGGAAGAACAAGAAGGAGGUGUGAAGGAACAGUUGGAGCUGCAACCAUUGUCAUUUAUCGAAAUGGCUGAGCGCCAGCAUCAAUUAGAACUACCUUUAAAACCGCCACGCAGAAAAUCUUCGCGUUCAAAUUCACCAAGCAGCGCCUACGCGGCGGAUAUGGAAGCAAGAAUAAUAAUCGGGACAAGGACAUCCGCGGCAGAUGUUAAAAAUGGCGAAAAGCGACGUGACGCCGGAGCAGCAAAUGAGAUUGUGGCAUGCACCACAUGCGGAAGCAGCAAUAGCCCAUGCACCCACUCCGCUAAUAAUGGAUGUGCCACGGAGACCUGCUUUGUUCAGAUGCGCAAGAAAGAACCACCGCAUCCGAUACGUGUGGCGAAGACGAUUGAUGUCAUUGCGAGAAUAACAUUUCCAACAGCUUAUGCCAUAUUUCUCAUAUUUUUCUUUGUACACUAUAAGGGAUUUUCAUAAAAUUAAGCUAAAAGUAACAUCUAUUAACUUGCGCUUAAGGAAACAGCAUAAAAACAGCAUAAAAUUAUUUGAUAAUCUAAAAAUGUGGAAAUACAUCAUAAAAGUCAAAAUUUCAAAGUUAUAAAGGUCUUGCAAAGCCAUUUAACUUAUAUUUAUUAAAAAAAAAAACAACACAAACUAAUUUCUUUAAAAAUUAACAAAUAAGUUAAAGCAUAUAAAAAGCAUCUAGUAAAAAAACCAAAGCAAAACAAAGAACAAGUGAUAAACAACGCUAAUCGUCAAUAUAAACAACAAGAACAACCCUAGUUAAAAACAUAAAAUUUUUUAUUAAAAUAAAUAUACAAACGAA